CGCCACACUUCCGGGUGUGCAGGACGCGGAGAGGCCGCUGAUGAAGCUCUCUGUCCGGCUGAGAGCGUGAGGGAGAACCGCAGCCAUGGCCUCCGACAUCACGCCAGAGGCCGUGGGCUUCCUGACGGCGGUGGGCGUGCUGGUGGCGGCGCUGGCCCUCCUCUUCCUCUUCAUCAACAAGAUGAUGUGCUUCUCCCGCGUGGGGGGGGUGCCGUGUCUGGAGCAGCAGAGCCGCAGCAGGAAAACACGCCAAGGCCUCGUCAAAAGCUUCGGCGGCGGCGACGGCGGCGCAGGCACGUCCUCGGACAGCGACAACGAGGUCAUGAAGCAGUUUGAGAUGUCGGUGUCACGCUCGCAGAGUUUGCGUGUGAGUCAGCCCAGAGGUGAGCAGCAGCAGCAGCAGCAGCAGCAGCAGCAGCAACAGCAACAGCAGCAGUUUCGGCGGACGCUGAGCCGGAGAAAUCAGUUCUCCCGCUUGUCCAAACACGAGGAGGGCAGCACGGAGCCACGCGACUGUGAAGGUAAACAAACAACGUUCACCUGUGCAGGUCUUGUGGUGAUCCGACGAGAAGUUCCACCGAGUCCUUUUUUCAUGGACCUUGUUUUUCCUGUGCGGUCACGUUGGAUCAUGUCUCCGUGACCCGACUGCUUUUAGUGUGAUGCAGCCUGCCCGCUGUUGCCAUGGCGAUGAAGCCAUU